UCUGUCACCCCCCUCCUUCCUGCCUGCACUCCCAGGACAUCCCCAGCGUCCCCCAUGUAUCUCAGCAAGGCCCUCUUGGCCUGGGCUUUUCAUUCGUCUGCCUUUUCUUCCCUCUCUUUGCCUUGAACAGAGAAAUGCAAGCCUGAAGCCCGUGUUUAGAGCCCUCCCAGCUCUGUGUCCUCCUUUCCGAGGAGUUCGUUUUCGGCCUCAGCGUCCCGCCUGGAGCCCCGUUUCAGGGCUGGGGGUCGCUGCACGCAGCCCCUGUGCUGAGCCUCGCGUGGACUUUGGCCCCGUGUUUGCAGACCUGUCCGCGCGGCAGAAUGGCGAGCUGCGUCCCGCUGCUCCUCGUCCUGGUCCCCCUCGCCGUUCCCGCCGCGGAGCCCUCAGGUGGGCGGCUGCUUCGUGGGGGGGCUGUUUCUAGGUGUCGCAGUUCUUGGGUGAGUCCAUGCCCACUGACGGGAUCUGCGUUCUUUCCCUGCCAUGCAGUAUUUCUUUCCGCCUCGAAAGCAAAUACAGUCCUGGCGAGAUGGAAGCGUGCUGGCUCGUAUCUUCUGGAAGAGCUCUUUGAGGGGAAUUUGGAAAAAGAAUGUUAUGAAGAAAUCUGCGUCUAUGAAGAAGCAAGAGAAGUCUUUGAAAACGACGCCACCACGGGUGAAUUCUGGACAAGGUACAUGGGUGGCUCCCCGUGCACCUCCCAGCCCUGCCGCAACAAUGGGUCCUGCCAGGACAGCAUCCGCAGCUAUACCUGCACCUGCGCCCCCGGCUACGAGGGCAGGGACUGCGCCUUCGCUAAAAAUGAAUGUCACCCACUGAGGACUGAUGGGUGUCAACAUUUUUGCCACCCGGGACACGAGUCCUACAGGUGCAGCUGUGCGAAGGGGUAUAAACUGGGCCGGGACCGCAAAUCGUGCAUCCCACACGAGAAGUGUGCCUGUGGAAUCCUGAAAUCUGAGAGCGUCGCGAGGCCACCAAACAGCACGCAGAGUCUUCAGGUUUUCCCGUGGCAGGUUAAACUAACAAAUUCCAAAGGAGAAGACUUCUGUGGUGGUGUUAUAAUACAGGAAAAUUUUGUACUGACAACAGCAAAAUGUUCACUAUUACACAAAAAUAUUACUGUGAAAACAAAUUUCCCCAGAACCAGCAGGGACCCACUGACCAUCGCGGUGCAGAGCGUCCAUGUGCACAUGAGGUAUGAGGAAGAGACUGGGGACAAUGAUGUUUCGCUGUUGGAGCUGGGGCUGCCCAUCCAGUGCCCAGACGCCGGGCUCCCUGUCUGCAUGCCCGAGAGGGACUUCGCAGAGCGUGCCCUCAUCCCAAGGACAGAGGGCCUCCUCAGCGGCUGGACACUCAACGGCUCCCGGCUGGGCAAUGCGCCAACACAGCUGCUGGUCACACACAUGGACAGCGAGGAGUGUGGCCAAGCCCUUGAUGUGACAGUCACGACGAGGACCUACUGUGAGAGGGGAACAGUGGCUGGAGGGGUGCGGUGGGCAGAGGGCAGCAUGGCUGCCAGAGAACACGAAGGCACCUGGUUCCUGACAGGGAUCCUGCGCUCAGCACCCACCGAUGAGCACGGACGGGCGUUUCUUCUCACCAAAGUUUCCAGAUACUCGCUGUGGUUUAGACAAAUCAUGAAGCAACUAAGCCCAGCUAACCAGAAAGAUUAAAAUACGCAGUGGGGUUCCAAAUUUUAGACAUAAUCAUGAGAUCAACUGAAAUUUCACAGCAGAACAGUUUUAAGUGAUGGUUUCAAAACAAGGCACUCGAUCGGUCUACAAACUGUCAGUUAUGGCUUGUGAGAUCAUUACUGAGUGCUCCGACAGUCCCUUCCUUGGGACUUUUUUUUUGCUGAGGAAGAUUCGCCCUGAGCUAACAUCCAGGCCAAUCUUCCUCUAUUUUUAGUUAUGUGGGCUGCCAGCACAGCAUGGCUGCUAACAGGGUGGUGCAGGUCUGCACCCGGGAACCAAGGCAGAGCUCACUGAACUGAACCACUAGGCCACUGGGGCUGGCCCUCCUUGGAACCUUCUAAACUGAAACCCUAAGAGAGGGGAGAUACAUUAAAUAAUAAAAACCUAUCUGUCAGUCACGAAACAGGCCAGUUUGCUAAAACCGGCUCCUUUCCCAAGUCUAAUGCUUUCUGAUGCUGACGAGUCAGUGAGCGCAGCUUAGUCUAACACAAACAUGAUGAGUGUCUUUGGGACAGAAGCUCCUAAGACUUGCCAGUUACAGAGAGUGACCUCACGGUUGUGUGGGGUCACUGACAGCCAGCGUGGGUGAAAGUGUUGCUCAGUGUUGGCAGAAGCAACCAGAAGGGGGGCAGCACAGGCGAGGCACACCACAUGGAGACAGCGUCAGAGAGAGGAUCAGGAAGCGUGUGAGAGAGGCCGGGAGGCAGGACAAGUGGGCCUCAGCAGGGCCGUGCGCCAGUGCAGGGAACCCUCCCAGGCAGGUUCCAGGGAGCUGCCGGUUCAGCAGGUGCCCAGCCUCUCAGCCCGCACUGAACCCACAGCUGACACCCGCACAGGUAGAUGCCUUCGCGCCUGUCUCCCCGUCUCUGGGAUGGAGUGACAACAGCACCCACCAGACAGGGCUGGGAGAAAGCCAAAGUGGGCUCCCCAUGUGGAACCAGUGAUUCCCAGUGCCAUUUUGAAGACUGCGGCUGCAACACAGGAAGGACAGAGCUGGUGUCCAGCCCAAAGUGUGCUUCCCUGAAGACCAGAACUCCACGUUGGGUCCGAGUGUGUGCAGAAAUGAAACGUGAGAGCAUGUGGAUAGAAACCAUGUUUAUUUAAGACAAUCUCUUAACUCGUAAGGAAGCAGCAAAGCUGCUCCUCGACCCUGGGCACAUAAAUUCCAGUCCCCGGCUCCUCGACCCUGGGCACAUAAAUUCCAGUCCCCGGCUCCUCGACCCUG